AUGUCCCAUCCUACAGGCAAAUUGAGCCCCGGUCCCACAGCAAAGAAACUAUCGAUCGAGAGGGAAAGUUUGUACCCUUGCUGGCACAGAGCAGCAAAUGAUCCUGGCGCCCAUUUGAUGGUGGGGCUCUCUGGUGGUAGCCGCCAUUACGGAUACGCAAGACAGCGAAACAAGUCUAUUCCGGCCUUCGACUCGUGUUAUCUGAAGGAGCUUCCUCUUGCUGAUUCGCCGUGGAUUCGGCGACCGGGAAUACAGCUGUCUCAAGGAGCUGCAUGGUGCAAUAUUCUGGGCAGAAAGAAGCAGGUGAUGGGGGGCCAAGAGCUUCAUCCCCGCAAAGCAUCUUCCGAAGCAAGCAGUCCACGAGAUCUAGAUCCCUACGAGCUAGGAAGAAGUACGGGCAGAUACGAGUUCGACUUUCGUUCAUCGAGCGUCGAUGCAGGUAUCUGUAUCUUUCACACUGAUGAAUCCGCCAAGGCCCUUUCCCCAGGCACCCAGGCUGUCGUUGUUGAGCGUUGUCUCUUACAAUCAGGUCCGGCACGGUGCGGGUACGAGAUCUACUAG